GUUCUGGGCGUCUCAUCAAACACCGACCGCUGCUGCGCAUCCCCCGGCGGCAAUACGUUCGCUGUUCUUCAUCACCUUUCUUCGUUCGCGUCGAUUCGGCGCAGCCGUUCACGAUUUACCCCAUCAUGAAUUUAAAGUCGCUGCACAUGCCGUCGAAACGGCUCAUUCUAUCGUACAUAUUUGACUGGAUAAUCAUAAUUGGUAUUGCGGCUGUGGGCGGAGGUUGGAACUCCAUACAUCCUUUUAAUCGGCCAUUCUCUCCCGUGGAUCUGACGACCAUAUCGUUCCCGUUUGAACACCAUGAGACCAUCCCGACGUGGUUACUGAUGGUCAUUGGCCUUGUCAUUCCGGCGCUGGUCACCUUCUUGGUAUGCCUGAUCUUUGUUCCUGGACCGACUGCGGCGAGAGGCACUCCACAAAGCCUGAUCUGGAGGCGGAAGUUUUGGGAAUGGAACACGGCUUGGAUGGGCCUGGCACUGUCCCUUGCGACGGCAUUUAUGAUUACGCAGGGCAUGAAGCUGUUGUUUGGGAAGCCCCGGCCGGAUCUGCUCUCGAGGUGCCGGCCUGAUAUGAGCCGGAUCUCUGAGUUUGCCGUCAAUCCCGCCGUCGAUGCCGUUACGGAUGACCUCAGCCCGUACUGGAGGUUGGUGACAUCGGCCAUUUGCCAAAACACCGACCAGGACAUCCUUCAAGACGGCUUCAAGUCCUUUCCUAGCGGCCAUGCGAGCUUCUCUUGGGCAGGCCUACUUUACCUCACCUUGUUCCUCGCCUCCAAGUUCUCCGUCGCUAUACCUUUCCUGCCGUCACGGCCUUUCACUACAAACCCGGAUCACGUCUCAGCCACUGCGCAAUCGAACCUUAAGAACCGUUCGAUACUCCCACUCAAUGCGAAAGACUCAAACGUCUCUAGCUACAGCGACGACCGCGUAGUCCCCGAUCGCUAUCAAGCCGCAGCACCUCCAGUCUACUCGCUUAUCCUCGUCCUCGUACCCAUCGGUACUGCAAUCUAUGUGUGCAGCACCCGCUUCACCGACUACCGCCAUUUCGGCUUCGAUCUCCUCUUCGGCAGUUUCAUUGGUAUCACCACGGCCUGGUUCAGCUUCCGCUGGUAUCAUCUUCCCAUUACCCGUGGCGCUGGGUGGUCUUGGGGACCGAGAAGCUAUAAGAGGUCCUGGGGGAUUGGUGUCGGCGUGGGGUCGUACGUGGGAACCGAGGGCUGGAGUCAUUACGGGAAGAGCGAGACCACAGCGACGAAUGGACAAAGCGCAAUGGCAGAGAACAUAGAUGAAAGGGUAGAAGCUGGGCGUGCUCUAUAGCGUUGUUUGGAUUUGCUCUCAGUUCUCGAAGAGCUUGUAUCGUCCUUAUUAGUUUCUGGGUUUAGAGAGGAAGAAGUGGCCGCACGUGGAUUUGAAUUUGCACGCAAUUGCAACGAACGCACUUCGUUUUAUUCUUCAAUCAAGCAUGUUUCGAAUACCAAAAACAUCUUGAGAUAUACAACUGGGCUUCUUAGAUUAGAUCGUGGCCAUGAAGUGACGUCUGAAGACGAUGUACAUAGAAGAGUGCUCCCUCAUACCGUAGGUAGGUGCAAUGGUCGUUCCAG